AUGCGCAAGGAGAAUCGCAACAAGGUCAAGGCGAAGGCGAAGAAGGACUGGAACCCGGCGACGUACUUCAUCGUCAUGUUCCUCUUCAUCGGCUCCAUGUCGAUUCAGAUGAUUGCGCUGCGCAACCAGACGGAGCGAUACAUGCGGCAGUCGUCGCUGAGACUCGCCCAACUUCGAGAAGUGGUGCAGCGCAUACAGAAUGGAGAGGACGUGGAUGUCGAAAAGGUUCUCGGCACGGGCGAUCCCCAGAAGGAGACGGAGUGGGAAGAAAUGCUGCAAGCGAUUGAGCGCGACGAAGCAUCCCGGAGCUCCGAGAAGCAGCCCAAGCAGAAGCCGACGGAACCCCGGCCCAAGGCUACAAGCCAAUCUCUCAGCGCUCAGCAGCCGCAGUCGGAAUCCCCCGCUCCGGUAAAGACGAAGACGGCCACUUUCGGAAAUUUCUUCUGA